AUCAUUAGAAGGGUCGCUUAAAAAGUAUAUGCGAAAUAUUUUGUAAUAUCUCGGGAAGCUGUCGGUUUUGAUUGCUAAAGAAAUGACACUAUUUCUUAAUUCCUUCUAAAUGAAACCAAAAAUGGAUUUUAAAACCAAUGGUAGUUUAAACUAUAUUCUGUAUUAUUGGCCUCGAUCAGUCUUUUAACUAGUCUUUUCUGCAUUCUUAAAACAUUAUCAACAUUCAUGCCCAUACAUACUUUAAGGCACCAACAGCUCGAGCAAAAAUUUUCAGGAGUACAGAAUCCACUCUUUUUGUUUAAUAGUUCCGACUAAUGUAUAGACUGUUCAAUAAGCUUAGCCUCACAUAAGACAUUGAUUUUAAUAGUUGAUCUUACAUUCACCCAGGUUUCAAGUAAUCCAGAAACUCAAACAUACUUAUCUUCUCACAAUGGAUUACUUAUCUUUCUGCCGUGGUGUACUGAUUGGGGGCUUGAUGGGAGAUUGUUAUGGAUUCGUGUACGAAGGUAGCCCAGCAGCAAAGUUCACCAUCCCUUUGGAACUACUGCAAAGGUCAAUCAAUGGCUGUGUGUACAAAGUUUACGUUCCUCAUCUUUGUCCUUAGUUGAUACUAAACAGUUGAUGUACAGUGAUGAUACACAAAUGAGUCUUGCGAUUCUCCGGUCAUUAAAGGCUAAAAAUAGUUUCGAUGCAGAACAUUUGGCUAAAGAGUUCACCACUGACUACUUUGAAAAUGGAUUACAUAGGUGCUAUGGUGGUUCUGUUGGACGCGUUUUUUCCUCACUUAGGAUGGCAAACUAUAAAGAUCCGUAUGCUCACGCUGCUGAUUUAUUUAAUGGGACAGGAUCAUAUGGCAACGGCGGAGCCAUGAGAAUCGCACCCGCAGCGCUAUAUGGAUUACGAUAUCCUAAACGUGAAUUUGAGAAAAUCGUUAUCGAUAUUACUCGGUUAACUCAUACCAAUCCACUGGCUAUAUGUGGAGCACUUAUACAAGCAUAUGCUAUACAAAUGAUUUUCUCUUUAAUACAUGAUCAUAUACAACUGGAUUAUGUAGCUUUCAUCGAUAACUUAUUAAAAAGACUAGAGAGAACAGAAUAUUUUGUAGAUUUUAAACAACCCAAUUGGUUAGAAGCACUUGAUGCUUAUAAAGAAAAAUUACAGAUAGUUAAAUAUCUCUUGAUAGACGAUAAACAACCAUCAGUUACAAAUAUUGUCCAUCAAUUGGGAUCCAAAGCUAGGACUUACCUAUUGAUCCAGUUUGGUGAUUUCUUCAGUAUGAAAGCUGGUUUAUACUCUGCUAUAAUACGUUGUUUCUGGUGGUAUCUGGUCAACGAACAUUGAGUACCUUGCGUAGAUAAUUACUUUUACAAACCUGUACAUUUUUGAUGACGGUUUUAGUAGUUCUGUAAUGAUUUAAAAGCCAUCAACUCUGUUCCAACUGCAUUAUAUGUAUUUCUGCGCAGUUUAAAACCUAUAGACGGUAUCGAGUUUAAUUCACCUCUUCUACGUUCCAUUGUCUUGUCGAUCGGAUUAGGCGGUGACACUGAUACUAUUGGUUGUAUGGCUACUGCAUUAGCUGGUGGAUAUAUUGGCAUUCCAGUAGACAGUAAUUCAACUAUGUCAAGAAACAUUAUUACACUUUGUGAAAGUUAUGAAGAAAUUGAAGAGUAUGCUAGUUGGUUAAGUAACAAGCUACAAAUGAGUUGAAAUUUUUCCAUUAUCAUCUAAUCGACCUGAAGAAAACACUAAAUAAUCAAGUGCCAUUUAAUCCUAUCAUGAUGUGAAAAUUAAUUUCCAACUUUUUUAACAGAUAUAAUUUUAUAAUAGAAGCAUUUGAAUUAACCAUAAUUUUGGCUGUUGUUAACCUUAUCGAAACUUGUGUUACAUGAAUUCCAUGAAUAUGAGUGCAUCAUAAUAUCUCUUAUUAAUGGUAAAUUGAUGUCUACCGAAUUUCCCAUACUAUCAAGUCUAUUUAAAUAUGACGUGAAGUAUCGUGUUUUCUGAUUUUUAUAUACUUAGGUUUAUGCUAUAAAAUUAUAUUGAGUAAUAGGUAUGUUAAAUCUACCGAAGCGUCUAAUCAAACGAUUGAGAUAUGUGCGAAACAACGAUCUGUCUGGAAUGGGGUUCUUUAUCGAUGAAUAGGUAGAAAUUAGUUAUAAACCUUAACUUGUGAAGUAUCUGUGGCUCUUAGCUCAUCUGAAAUAAAAAGGACUCCCUGCAGUGAUAACAUAAAGAAUAAUUAUGACUUAGGAUAUUGCAAAUUAUCGCUGUG